AGUCUUGCGAAAUAAACAAAAAGAAGAAGAACCAAGUGUUGUCUUGGUGAGUUAGCUGCGUGGUACACGGUUCCCGAAACCUCUGCUCACUAUGAUAUAAGGAGGAUUGGCCAGCCUUUCAGCUAAGUUCGUGAUCGAUAUUCUGAGAUUCAAACAAAAUGUCGGAUUCAGAUUGGGAGGGAUUCGGAUAUCAGAAAUAUAAGAGAGAAAAAGCAAUUACCACUUACCGUGUAUCAGAAGAGGUCCUUGAUAAAUGGAUCAGCAUUCCUGUUCAAGUUAAACGAGAAGCUGCACAGCAGAUGAAGAUUUGUGUCUUCUGGCUUCCCACCCUGCUGCAGCCUGAGGACUCUGAAACAUAUGACUGGGCUAUGGAUGUAGGCUUAGUCAGCUCAAGGGACAAUGAAACGAUAACACUGGAUCACUUGGCUAAGAUACAAGUGGUGGAAAGAAUCCUGUUUUACCUGGAUAUUGGAACUUUGGAGAGGGAAUGUGCCAGACAUGUUUUCUCCAUAAGCAACAUGUUGAAUCUGCAAUUCUGUCCCGAGACGUUGGAGGCAACCGUGCGCUUUUUGGAAAAGGCAGGAGAUUGUCACAUCCGCUCAAACCUGCGGACUCUCGGUGACUUUCUGCACUGUUUCACUACGCUGGGAUUGAUCUUCUCAGAGUAUGCUAAGUUUAUCCGGGAACUCAGUAAAAAUGUGGAGAAAAUGAUGGAGAUUCUGCUAGCUAAACCAGCCGACUACCUAACAGAAAAAAGUGAAGCCAUGAAGAAAAAAGGAAAUGACAAAUUUCAGAAACAGCAGUUUGAAGAAGCUGUAAAGUAUUAUUCUAAAGCUAUCAAAUAUUAUCCUGAAAAUCACAUCCUGUAUGGAAACAGAGCCCUGUGCUUUAUCAGGUGUAAGCAAUACCUAAAAGCAGCCGCUGAUGGAAAACGUGCCGUUCUCAUCAAGCCGCUCUGGGCAAAGGGUCAUUACCGCUACUGUGAGGCACUGUUCUGCCUGGGUCAGACCCAGUUAGCUUUUGAGGCUAACAGCACCGCUAAGUCCCUGUGUAGAGACAACCCGGAUGAACUCAGAGACCUGGACCAACAAUACCAGAAGUUCAUGUCUGAGCUCACAUUCACUGAACUUCCAAAAUCAAAUCAGAGUUUCAAAGAUGGCUUGGUGACAAGAACACAGACGUCCAAAACCGGUGGCAAAAGUAAUCCAGGAAAAAGUUCACCUGCAAAGGUCACAAAAAUGGACAGGAGAAACCGACCAAACGAGACUGCUUCACAGUUGGAGAACACCCCUGUGUCAUCAAAACCGUCCAAAAGUGAAAAGGUCCAGUUCAGCACAUCAGAGGAAGGAAGGAAGAAGAAACAGAAGAACGAGGAUCGUCCUAGAGAGAACCAGAGCCAUGUGGUUAAGUCUAAAGCGUGCGUGAGUGACAUGCGUAAAGAGCUCCAGUUCCUGAUGCAGGACGCUCACAUGGCUCUUGACGACCUCCGAAGCCGCAACGCGGCGCAGGCCUUCGGCCAGGCGCUGGACCUGGUGGAAUCUGCAACUCCCAAGGAACUUGGACUUUCCACGUUGGACGUGCUGCUGCUCCUUUUUGGACGAACCUUGGCUCUGACAGAAAUUGGCCAACCUGAGGAACUCACGGAAGCUCAGAAACUCCUGGAAAAGAUGAAAUCCUACGAGGAGCGAACGUUUCAAUGUCUGUGUUUCUACGCUCUUGGAAAGGUGUUUCUCAGAGAAAACAGGUUUGCUGUUGCUCUGCAGCAGUUUUCCGAUUCUCUGCAGAUGGUAAAGAACCAAAUAAGUCCAGGUAAACUCACCUGGCCUUUAACAAAAGAGGUCGUCAAGGAAACCCAACCAGACUAUUUCAGGGAUCUUCUGGAGCGUUGUAUAGAACUGUGCAGAUUUCCUCCUGCUCCUGAUGCCGUUUGUCGUCUAGAAAUAUGUCUGUGCCCUUUGAAAACUGAAAUCUACUUAACUGACCCAGAUUUUAAGGGCUACGUUCAAAUGUGCUGCUGUCAGAGCUGCAGGGUUGAGUUUCACAUCAACUGCUGGAAGAGCCUGAAGACAACUAAAUUCUCUGAUAAGAAUGAAAAGGAUAUUCUCCAUGAAAAGUGUUUGACUCCCGACUGUGUAGGCCAGAUUAGUAGUAUCAAAAUCUAUUGUCCAACUGGUUUGGUGAAAUGUAAGUUUGAAUCUACAAUCUCUAAACCAGCGGUGCUAAAGAGGCCCAAAGGGAAUCAGAAAUGUACAAGUCUAAAGAAAUUAAGAUCAAAAGAGGAGCACAAGGUCAAAAGGAAGCAGUAUAAGCAGUCGUCUGAAGAAAAGAAGACCUCCCCCGAUGAGAUUCUGCAGCAGAAAGAAGAAUCCGGGUCACAAAGUCAACAGAAAACCUGGUUGCUGUACAGAGAUCGAGUUCUGCUGCUGAUCAGCCAGAACGUGGAUCUCCUCAGAGAGGAAAGGGGUCUCGAGAUUUCUGUCCUGACCGGCAGUCUGAAGCCUUGGUUGGAGCUGGACCUGCUGAGGGGGAACCAGAUAGCCAGAAGGCUGCUGAACCACAACCAGCAGGAGUCGGUGAAGGACUUGGGUCAAGUUGUUGAGCUGCUGCUGGAGAGGAAGAACCGGGUUUGGGCCAGAGUGUUUGUCCAAGAACUUAGUAGCUGUGUGGAUAUAGAUCCUAAGCUGAGCAGCUGGGCGUGUCAGCUCAACGCCGAAGGUCUGAACUCUGCUCGGAGUUUCAUUGAUCGCCACUCGGAACACCUGGAGCAGCUGGAUCUGACGCUCCUGCUUGAAUUUGGACCGUUGAAGGAAAUGAUUUUAGAAAAGUUGAGCAUUCGGCCGGAGUUUUUUUCAAGCAAUGGCUUGACUGUGACUGAAUACCUAAAACAGGCUCCGCCUCAUGACAUGAGACUCUUUAUCUGGACUUUGGAGGAGCAUAAAGACCACUAUGUGUCCUGUCACACUAUACUGGAUGAGUAUUUUUAUACAAUGGAUGGACAUUGUUCAGUCUUAAAAAAGUCUGAUGAAAAUAAUUCUCCUACAAAGGCUAAAAGUCGAGGACGGAAAAAGAAGCAGAAGGAGAAGGGUGUUUUUGUUUUGUCUGGCAUCAGAGCACUAAAGCCUAGAGAGGAAUGGGACCAAGACCUGUUUGAAGACGACUCUUUAUCAUUCCUUCACCCCGCCGAUCCCUUCAGUGUACCCAGCCACCUUCGGGAGGAAGUGGCAGAUUUUGAGGACCAGUACAACACCAGAACCAAAACCUAUAAAAGCUUUUUGGAUAACAACCCCGAUCCGACUAGAGAAAGUUUGUAUGACUACUUUGCUCAGAUCCUGGAGGAGCACGGCCCCCUUAACGCGGAGGACCGCCUGCUAGUAGGAGAGCUGGAGAACUUUCCUGCAGUGGCGAAGCUGAAGAUCGAGGAAGCGGGCGGCGUUGAGGCCUUUUUGGUGGAGUCCCUUCGUUUUAUUAAGAUGGGCCGGCGUGUCGGUCUGGCCAAGCACGCCGUGCGCAUGCAGCAGUCGGAAUAUGCAACCAGUCUGGACAACCUGGAUGACAUCGACGUCUGCUGCAUCUCUUCACCUCCUGAUUUCUACACGGCGUGUGAUUUCACCAGCUACCUGGGGCGCAACCCCCCAGCUUACACAGACUCUCCUCCCAUCCUCCCAAAUCCUUACCCGUUUUACUCUCAGUUGCUGGAGAGCAGCCCCCGUUGUCACUGGAGCGAAGGAGACCUGGAACAGCCUUAUGAAUUUUUACCUGUUGUAGAUCCUGCCCUCGAUGCCCUCGAUGCAGACUUUUCAGUUUUGGAAACGGAUUUGACUCCAGAGAAAACGGUUUUUAUUCCAGCUGAUGAAAACCUUUUCAGACAACAUGCAGCGGUGCAGACGCAUCAGGUGCCCAAGAGAAGUGUGGCAGUGAACACCGAGUUAUAUUCACGUUUUGAGAACAGUCAGGGCGACAUCAACAAAAAGGAAAAGAGCAUCAGGAUGUUGGAGCGGCAGAUAAAGAAAAUGAAAAACCAAAUCAAAGUCAGUCCAAGUAAAGAUGAGGCUACUAUUCUGGAAGAGGAGAUAAAGACGAUCUCCUCAAAUAUACAAGUGACCCAUAAAGAGCUGGCCAUGUUCCAGGAGAAGCUGGAGGAGGAGGUGAAAAAGUACCAGAAGGAGAAGAAGGCAAACCAGGAGGAGCUGAAGGCCCUGAAGAUGGCAAUCGAGCAGCUGGGUGAAGAACAAACAAGUCUCUCCCAGACCAUCAGAGACAACAACAGCAUCUAUGAAGAAAAGCUGAAUGACUUCUUGGAGUUUAGUAAUCAGUCGGCAGGUGAGAAGAUGAGUCUGGAGGAUGAGAUUAAACGCUGCAGAUCCUUGUUGGGCUCUGCCAGCAGACGUGUUCAAACAGCUCAGCUGUCCAUGGUGAACAGCAGCCGCGAUCAGGCUUUGUCUGCACCCAGCAAAGAGCUGGCCGACUCCAAGGCUCUACUGGCCAAACUGGAUGAGGUGUGCCACAGAGCCCCAAACGAGCAUUUAGAAAUGACCCGAAAAAACUGCAGAGCCAAAAUAGAAGAAUUGGAAAAGAACAUUUCCAUUUCUGAGAGACGGUUCCAGGAGCAGCUCGAUCAGCUUAAGAACAGCAGAGGAGACUGUGAGAAUGGCGAUCCUGAACCUGCAGCUGCACCACUCUGCGCAGCAGCUAAAGACGUUGUCCCACAACCUUCAGCUCAUGCCUCCAACAGCAUGCCUCCACCCGCAGCUGAAGCUCCUGCGGUGAACGAGCACAAAGCUGUCAAACAGAAGCCGGGGCCUCUGUUUGACAGAGUCAUGGAGAGCCUAACAGCCAUGUUUCCUGACUAUUCAAGGCCAGAUUUGAUGAAGUAUGUUGCAGAGUUUCGUUUGGCCAGAAGUGGAAGUCUGCACGCUGUGACGUUGCAGGAUUGUGUGAGUGGAGUGACUCAGCGGAUCCUAGACCAUCAGGAAAAGCUGAAGCGUGCCAGAGCUAACGUUGUGGGCCGCUCCAGCCCAGCUCGGAGUGCUACCCCCCCGCCGCUGACCCAGGCUCCUGUCUGGCAGUCGCUCAAAACCCAGAGUCUCAGAAAUCCAGAUGCCCUGAACAUGGAGGACCCGUGCAUCAUCUGUCAUGAAGACAUGAGUCCAGAGAACACCUGCGUGCUGGAGUGCAGACACAGCUUCCAUAAAGAGUGUAUCCGGUCCUGGCUGAAGGAGCAGAGCACCUGUCCCACCUGCAGGAAUCACGCCCUUCUGCCCGAAGACUUUCCAGCUUUGUCUGGCAGGAAACGCCAUGCCCCCUGAAGUCUCCUCCCGUACUCAGUUAUAUGCUUUUAUGUUUUUUUAAUUUCUUUCUUUUAAAAUUGGACUUUAAUUUUUGGCUUUCUUAUUCUAAUGCUUUUGUGUUUGUGCUGGAGAAGCCGUUUCAUGUCCCAGUGCUGCAGGUUACCUGUAGUUUUUUUUAAGCUUUUUAAUUGUUUACUUAUUAGAGAAUCUGCUAUUUGCAAACCAAACAGGCCGCCUUUUAAAUGCUAUGUGGGUUUUGUUGAACAAAAUAAUAAAUGUUACAAAACUUCA